UAACUAGGAAGUGUGGCGGUAACUAAGGAAUACUGGCGGAUCCAUGGACUGAAUAACGGGUUUUCUGUCAACAAAUGCAAAACCCGGACUAGUUUUAAGAAAUAUUAGGAGAAAGCAAUUCAGUGUGCUACCGGAAGGGUCUAUGGCGUUGCCGACUCUCUCGGCCCGUGUGCCUAGUCGAUCACGCGGGCUGGCCGGUCAGAUGGCCCGGCAGCGGGAGCAGGAGGCCCGGCAGCGGCAACAGUGGGAGCUGCAUGCCCGAUACUUCAAAGAGCAGGGGGUCCGCAGCCACAAACAGGAGGCCUGGAGCUCCAGACACUCCUACCAGCAGAGUAUGUCAGCAUACUAUAAACAGACACUCGAAGAGGAAAAGAAGGCAAGCCUGGAGCAGCGCAGGAACCGACUGAGGACAAUGCUUGAAGAGGAGCGAGACCGACUGGAGGCGGAGCUCAGAGACGUAGUUCCUGACAGGAGCUCACUGGCAAGUCAGCUGGUGCACAAAACUGAAGAACUUCGAACAGCAAGAGAGGAAAGAAGAAAAAAGCUUGCACAAGAGCUGCUACGGGAGCACUGGAAGACAAACAACACAGAGUUGCGAGAGGUAGAGUCAGCAUUACAUAAAGAUCAUGUUGUCGGCCAGUGGCAGGAGCAGAUAUCCGAGAGGAAACAGGAAGAAGAAGCAGAGCAGGAGGUGAAAACACGCUUUGAAAAUGAGUAUGAGAGGACCAGGAAAGAGGCUCUGGAGAGGAUGAAGCAAGCCGAGGAGAAAAAGAAGGCAGAGGAAAAGAAGAGGGCAGAGGAACUUCGCCAACAAAUGGAGGAACUGAAGCUGAGGGAAGAGGAGGCAACUCGCCUGAAGAAGGAGCAAGAGGCUCUGCUGGUCAAACAAUGGGAGCUGGAGAAGACAGAGGAGGAAAGAACGAAGGUUGAGGAAAAGAGAAAGAAGUGUGAGAUGGGCCAAUUCUUGAUCCGUCAGUAUCGUGCUCAGCUCAAGAAGAGAGCCCAGCAAGUGCAGGAGGAACUGGAGGCCGACCGUAAGAUCCUGACCGCCUUACUGGAAGGACAGCAGGAGGACACGAAGCUAGAGACCACGCGGAGGGAAAGGGCGAUCGCUGAUGCUGCCUGGAUGAAACACGUGAUUGAAGAGCAGCUUCAGUUGGAGCGGGAGAGGGAGGCUGAGUUUGACAUCUUACGCAGAGAAGAAGCUCAACGUGUGUGGGAGAAGCGAGAAGCACAGUGGGAGAAGGAGAGGAAAGCCAGAGAACGACUCAUGCUGGAGGUACUUGCUGGGAGACAGCAGCAGCUGGAGCUUAAGUUACAAAAGAACAGAGAAGCUCAGGAGGAGUCCCUGAAGAGACGAGAACAGCUGAUCCAGGAUCUGGAGCUGGAGAGGCAGACCAGACAACAAGAGAAGGAGCAAGAAGAGGGGCACAAGACGGCACGGAUGCAAGAGAUAAAUGCUCAGAUGGAGCAGCGGCGCCAAGAGCAGUGGGAGGAGCAGUGCAGAGUAAAGGAGGAAGAGGAGCAGAACAAGGAGGCUCUGCAAAUCCAGGAGGAGGAUCUGAGGCUAGAGAUUCAGAGGAUGGCCGAGAAAGGGUACCAGGAGAAGACUCGCAGCAGACCUCGAUCAGCAUGGACAUGAUCAACAGACAAGACUGAAGAGCUAAAUAAUAUUGGAGAAGUGUGUCUUAAAACAAUGCUCCCAUGACUAAAUCGAAAUAGUCAGCAGGCACUGUAAUUGUUCCUAAUGGCCAUGAGGAGAUGUGAUGUAAUUUGACGGAGGACAAAAUCCAGUCCUUGUUCAAUUGAAGCAUGCAUAUCAAACUUAAUCCAAUCAGUUGGGAAAUGUUUCUUUUCCUGCUUAAUUUAUUUGUUAUUUUCACUCCAUUGAGUGGUGGUGUGUUGUUCCUUGUGUCACUAACUCCUGAUGCUUCAAAUGAUCUUUAGUUGACCUUUAAAAUGCCUUUUUUGUGCACAUUAAGGACUGUUUUUGUCAUCCCUCCUCGUGCAAUGCAACUGUGUUGUGUAGGGAUCUUUUCACAGCCAGAAAAGAGAAUGAACUGUUACGUAAAUUAAAAGCUCUUUAAUGCACACAUGGAGUAUUGUUUUAAGACAUAUUGGAAACAUUUGAAUGUUAUCCUUAAAUGCCUUUUGCAGAAUGAAGCAUUUGUGUCAGUUAUGAAGUCAAAUACUUUGCCAUCUUGAUGUUAUUUAAGGUAUAUGCUGAUUAUUGUUUUGCACUUUUAGAGCUGUAUUUUUUCUAUCCUGAUUUUGUAGACUUUUUAUAAUAAAAUGUUUUCAACCAAA